GUCGUGGGCAGCGAUAGCACUCUGACACGGAUACGACAUGGCACCUCCAGGGAAUGCAGCGGCACCUCCAGCAUUAUCGAAGCUCACGCUUCGGCAGAGCGCGCUCAAUUACCCUGCCAUCAAGCCUGGCCAAUUCCACAACACAGGUUGCGGAAGAGUAUGUCUGGUGACUGGAUCUGGACGUGGGAUUGGCAAGGAAAUUGCUCGUAGUUUCGCCAGAUCAGGGUAUCACGUUGCUGUCACAGCAAGGAAUGCUGCUGAGGUCGAAGCAAGCUGCGAGGAAAUCAAAGCUUGCUGUCCUGACAUUAAGGCAGUCGGUAUUGUUGCCGACGGCUGCAAGCAUAGCGAUAUGGAGAUGUUGGUUGCAAAGGUGAACGAAGAGCUAGGUAUGAUAGACGUAUUGGUGUGCAAUGCUGGCACGAACACAUUCAUGCCAUUCACCAUGACCGAUCCCAAGGACUGGUGGUACUCGUUAGAAAUCAACUUGAAAUCUCCCACUGAGUUGACUAGGCUGGUGCUUCCACAAAUGCGAAAGCGUAACUCUGGCACGAUCAUCUACACAUCCUCAAGAGCAGCAGUUGCAGAUCUUCCCUGGACUACCGCCUACGGCGCCGGCAAGACAGGGAUCACCAGAUUCGCUGCAGUUCUGCAGGUCGAACUUGACGAGAUGGCUAGAAUCGAAUCCGGCUCUGAGAAUGGAAUAUCCCUAUUCAGCAUCCAUCCGGGAGAGAUUGAAACAUCGCUUCACACCACAGGCUUCCCUGAGCAAACUCAUAGGAGUGCGCCAUAUAUCAUUGAGCAUAUGAAGGAGCUAGACAAGAAGAGACCGAAGUUCGACAUCUCAUUACCAGCCUGGACGUGCGUAUAUUUGGCUUCGGGAAAGGGAGCAAAGCUCAGAGGUAAGUAUGUCGACUGCACCAGAGAUAUAGAGGAAGCGGCGAAGCUGUAUACGUAGACUAGUAAUUCCUUUUUAUGCUCCAUUGAAUAGGCAUGAUUAUCAAAUG